AUGGCCGCCCAGGCAGACAGGAAGUCAAGAGUCUUCAGUCGAAGAGAGAUCGAGGCCCAAAUCGCCAAUGGACGCUCAAUUGUCAUCGUAGACGGGAAGGUCUUGAAGGUGGACGCAUGGCUGCCCUAUCACCCAGGCGGUGACAAGGCCAUCGCGCACAUGGUGGGACGAGAUGCCACAGACGAAGUCACUCGAUUCCACUCUGCGCAGACGCUCGAGCUCAUGAAUCGCUACCAAGUCGGCCGUAUCGAAGGACGAUGGACCAACUUUCUGCCGCCGAUACAGGGAGGAAAGUUCCGGACACAGGAAGAGCUGGAUAGACUCUCAGAGGAGGAGUACAUGGAAUCAUGCUCCUCUUCAGAACAGGAUACUGUUAGUUCAGCCUCCUCGGCAAACAGCAGCCCGCUCUUCGAACCAGCAGAUCGGCCGUCUGCUUCGAUGCGCAAGCGCAACGGAGCCGAUGUAACCAGGGCUUCCUCGAGCUCAAGCGUCUCAUCGGUCGAGCUAGAUGACAGGGUCACUCCGAAGAUGACAGUGCUUGACAGGCGGACUCAAGAAGAGCUGGAUUUCGACAAGGCCAAAUACCCGUCCCUGGACCCGGCCACUCAAGAUCGGAUCACUCAAAAAUACCGCGACUUGCAAGUGCGCAUAAAGCAAGAAGGCCUCUACGACUGCAAUUACACUGCUUACGGUAUCGAAUGCCUACGCUAUGGGUCUUUCUUGGCCGCUUUCAUAUUCCUGCUGACGAAGGGGUGGUACAUCACCAGUGCCAUACCACUUGCGUGCUUUUGGCACCAGCUCACGUUCACAGUCCAUGAUGCUGGACACAUGGGUAUUACGCACGACUUCACGACCGACUCGACCAUCGCAAUGUUCAUCGCCUCCUACUUGGGCGGUUUAAGUGCCUGUUGGUGGAAAUACAGCCACAACGUUCACCAUCUCGUUACCAACCAUCCCGAACACGACCCUGACAUCCAAUACAUUCCUUUCUUCGCUAUCACUCAUCGGUUCAUGGAGAGUCUCACUACAACCUUUUACGAGUGGGCCAUGGAAUACGACGCAUUCGCAAAGGUCAUGAUCCCGCUACAGCACUACACAUAUUACCCGAUCAUGAUGGUAGCGCGUUUCAAUCUUUACAGACUGUCCUGGAUGUAUUUGCUCCUUGGAAAGGGGCCCAAGAAAGGACCAGCUUGGUGGCACCGAUAUUUCGAGAUGGUGGGCAUGUCGUUCUACUGGACUUGGUUCGGCUAUGGAGUCGUGUACAAGACCAUACCCGACAACUGGAGCCGCUUCUGGUUCGUCUUGAUUGCCCACGCCGUUACGUCGCCGCUCCACGUGCAGAUCACGCUGUCUCAUUUCGCUAUGAGUACGGCAGAUUUGGGUAUCCAUGAAUCCUUUGCGCAGAAGAUGCUUCGUACGACGAUGGAUGUUGACUGCCCGCAAUGGUUGGAUUUCUUCCAUGGUGGCCUGCAGUUCCAGGCUAUCCACCACCUGUAUCCGAGAAUCCCUCGGCACAAUCUGAGGCAGACCCAAAAGUUGGUGCAGGAGUUUUGUAACGAGGUGGACAUACCGUAUGCGUUGUACGGUUUCCUGGAUGGUAACAAGCAAGUCGUUGGGCGACUGGCUGAUGUAGCCAGGCAGGCUGCUAUUUUCGCUGAAUGCCAGAGGACCAUUGCUGCGGAGGGAGAUUAUGGAAUGCAUUGA